AUGGUGCGACGAGCUCCAAGCAUGCCCCCCUCGCAGAUCACCAUCCACACCGCGCUCCUGUUCGACCCUCUCGUCAAACGCUUCGAGCGAAACAUCUCCAUCGUCGUCGACCAAGAGACCGGCCUCAUCGCGGACGUCUACCGCCGCUCCGACUUCCGUCCCCCGCACAUCUCGCCCCAUGACAUCGACCUCCGCUUCCUCGUCGUCUGCCCCGGCUUCGUCGACGCGCACACCCACAUCUUCCUCCAUGCCUACUCCGAGACGCCCGCCCUGAACCAGAUGCGCGAUGAGAGCCUCGUCGAACGCGUUAUCCGCGCCGUGAACCACUGCCGCGACGCCCUGCUGGCCGGUUACACCACCUACCGCGACCUGGGCACCGAGGGUCUCCAGGACGCCGACGUCAACGUCCGCGACGCCGUCAAUCGCGGCCUCACCCCUGGUCCGCGCCUCUUCGUUGCCACCGAGACAAUCGCCUCCUCGGGUGGCUAUGCCAUCCGCCAGGAAAACCAUCUCCCCGGCGUGGGCACCGCCGUUCCGUCCAUCUCGGACGUUGCCGACGGCGUCUACGGCGUCCGUGCAGCGGUGCGAAGACGCAUCGGCGCGGGCGCGGACAUUGUCAAAUUCUACGCUGACUACCGCAAGAGGCAGCUGCGAUUCCCGCCGCCCCUGUGGAAAGGCGCCCUCCCCGUCCAGUUCCCGCCGCGGAAUCCCAAUCCCAACGUCCCGCUCUUCACGCAGGAGGAGAUGAAUGCCAUCGUCGCGGAGGCCAAUGUGGCCAACUGCCCCGUGGCAGCCCACGCCAGCUCCCCCGAAGCCGUCAUCAUGGCUGCCAAGGCCGGCGUGACGACCAUCGAGCACGGCUCCGAGCCCAGCGACGAGGCCUUGAAGGCCAUGAAGGAGGCGGGCACCAUCUUCGUCCCGACUCUCGCCGUCCUGGAACAGAUGGCUCCCCACGAGAUGCCUAAGAUCCUGGCCCACACGAAGAAGGCCUGGGAGAUGGGGAUCAAGCUGGCGUGCGGUGGGGACACGGGGGCGUUCCCCCACGGCGACAACGCCCGCGAGAUGGAGCUGAUGGUGCAGGCGGGUGUGCCGCUGGAAGAAGUCCUGACGGCGGCGACGCUGCACGGAUGGGAGGCCUGCGGCGGCGAUCGCUGCGGGAGGAGAUUUGGCUGGUUCGAGCGAGGCGUGGCGGCCGAUAUCAUUGCCCUCGAUGGCGAUCCCCGGUCCGACCUGGGGGCUCUCCGCAAGGUGCAGUUCGUCAUGAAGGAUGGCCGCGUGUGGAAACGGGAUGGCGUAGCAGUAGGUAUGGUAUGA